UGUGUACUGUAGAUCUAGAGAUCACCGGAUAACAUUGUCGCCAUCGACGCACAAUGGCUACGGUUCCAGCAACAAACCAAAAUAUACCUACAUAUAAGCCCGCACCUUCACAACCCCUACCUGGCUGGACUUUUCAUGUAGUCGAGUAUCCAGGCUAUAUCAAGAAUACUGAAAACGCCCUUAGGACGCUGGGUGGAAUUGAAGCUAUCGAAAAGGCGUUCACCGACGGACUAAACGUUUUGGAGCUGAGAUAUCGUCCGACCGAUCCAUUUUCACAUCCAAUAAAUGGUGACAUUAUCAAUACGGGCAAUCUACUGCUAAAGGUCACGCGGAGGAGAAAAAAAAGGAAGGGUACCAAAGCCCAUUCCCCGCCAAUGGAAGAGAGCCCCGCAGACGUCAAAACCCAGAUAAUCGGCACUGUAACGAAAACAUGCCGUUUUCGAGCAAUUGCUGAUUAUCAGUGGAUACCGGACCAAAACGAUCCCAUUGUCCAGCUCCGAAGAAGUAUGCACACAUUUGAAGCGGACGGGAUUGAGCACUUUAGCUUGGCAAAUGACAAAGGGCCACAGGAGAAUCUGCGCAAUAUGCCUCCACCAUCAUUUUCCCGGAUAGAAUGGCCUUUAGACUAUGGCUACCGACAGAAUUUUGCAGUAGUGAAAGUUUUGGUCCGACAAACAGGAAAUGAGCCACCAGUAAUGAAGUUGAUCAAUCGGUAUCGCCGGAUCAAAUUUACGGCCAUCACAUUCAACAAGUCUACCCAGGAAGUUCCUUCAGGACCACCGGAAGGAGUCAGCCUUGCGGAUAUACCAAACGAAGCUCUAGCUCGUAUGCGAGCACUCUUUCAGGAGCGUCCGAUAUGGACACGGCUUGCCCUGCACAAUUCAAUGCCCCCUGCGUAUCGCAACCUAAUGAAGAGGUUGAUGCCUAUACAUGCAUAUGUGGCGACCAGUGGUCCAUGGCGGGAUUGCUGGAUUAGAUACGGAUAUGAUCCAAGACGGGACCGAGAGGCGAGACUAUAUCAAAUUAUUGAUGUGCGAUUUGUCAAGACGCCAAGGGCGUUUGCUAGAGCCAAGCGCUUGAUUGGAGUGGUGGAAUCAGCUCAGUUGGUCCGAGGGAGGGCCUACAAUCCUGGGGAAGACCGCGAGGCGAGUUCCGAGUCCGAAUUGCCGCAAUCAGUAGACGCCAACCAAUCGGACGAUUCACAUAUAUUCGACGGUGAAACGUUUAGAGAAUCAGGGCUGUUCCAGAUGUGCGACGUUACCGAUCCGGAUUUAGUGAAAAUGAUUCACAGCAAGCACUUCAUUCGAUCUACUUAUGACGAUCGUGACGGGUGGUUUGAACGAUCACAUUAUGAUGCGAUCCGUGAUAUGACGAAAAAGAAGAUAUAUAAGCUGCAAGGGAAAGACAUUGAAGAGUCCUUCGAGUGGGAUGAGCAGGAAGCAGCAUCCCAGGCCCAGGCCAGGGCGGUUGCAUCGCAGCGCGCUGCUGAGGCUUCAGCUGCGGUAAGUGAACGAAACGACAUUGAGCAGAGAGUCAAGAGCAAGGUGGACGAGCUGAUGCGAAACCUGCAAGCAGCACAGCGUGGGGAAGAUGAAGAUAAUCCAACCCAAGAGGAUGGGGAGGAGGCCGAGUUCGAUUAUUUUGAUGUCUUUGGCGAGGACGACGACGAUGACGAAUAACAUAACCCCGAUAUCCGUUCAUCAAAACUUUCUAUACAGUGUAUAUAUACAACCUAUCAUGUUACAUCUCAUCUAGUUCAUCCAUAAGGUCGUCUUCCGGGUAGUCCCCUACUUUUACCUUGUUCGGCCGGACGAAUGCACCAUAUUUUGGUGGGCAGGUGAAAUAAGACACACCUUGGACCCUGGAAACAGUCGAAGAAA